CGUUUAAUUUUCUCAGAAAAAUAAGUACAAGAGGUUUUCAUGGCUCCCCAAGAAAAUUCUGCUCAUAAUUCUAUGAUCCCCAGCUUCAUCUACUCUUCUUCUUCUUCGUCGUCGGGGAUCUACGACUUGAUACGGACGAAUAGCGGAAUGACUCCAACGAAGGAGAGAAUAGUGAUUCCGGCGCCGAAGGAGAAGCUCGAGAUGUAUACGCCAGCGUUCUACGCUGCAUGCACGUUCGGAGGGAUUUUAAGCACAGGAACUACUCACAUGGCUGUCACUCCUCUCGAUCUCGUCAAGUGUAACAUGCAGAUUGACCCAGCUAAGUACAAAAGUGUCAGCUCUGGAUUUGGAGUAUUGCUCAAGGAUCAGGGGAUUAAAGGUUUCUUUAGGGGUUGGGCUCCAACCUUGGUCGGCUACAGUGUUCAAGGUGCUUGCAAGUAUGGCUUUUAUGAAUUCUUUAAAAAGUACUACUCGGACCUUGCUGGUCCUGAGUUUUCAGCUAAGUACAAGACCUUGAUCUAUCUCGCCGGUUCUGCAUCGGCCGAGGUCAUUGCUGAUGUUGCUCUAUGCCCCAUGGAGGCAGUCAAGGUUCGCGUCCAAACUCAGCCUGGCUUUGCCCGGGGCUUGUCUGAUGGGUUGCCCAAGCUUCUCAAAUCCGAAGGUGCAGCUGGGUUGUACAAAGGGCUUGUUCCUCUUUGGGGACGUCAGAUUCCUUAUACGAUGAUGAAGUUUGCAUCAUAUGAGAAUAUAGUUGAGCAGUUGUACAAGCACGCCAUCCCCACACCUAAAGAGCAGUGCAGUAAACAGCUGCAGCUGGGAGUGAGCUUUGCUGGUGGUUAUUUGGCUGGUAUAUUAUGUGCUGUCAUUUCACAUCCUGCUGACAACUUGGUUUCCUUUCUCAACAAUGCCAAAGGAGCUACUUCUGCUGAUGCCAUAAAGCAGCUAGGAAUGUGGGGUCUGUUUACUCGUGGCCUUCCUCUUCGUAUAGCUAUGAUUGGAACCUUAACUGGUGCCCAAUGGUGUAUCUAUGAUGCUUUUAAAGUUUUUGUUGGAUUUCCAACAACAGGUGGUGUCACUGCCACCCCAACUCCAGCCAAGCACUGAAGUAAAAGCUCAUGGUUGACAAAGAUAUGACUUUUAAGAAUUACGCGCAAAGUGAUUCAUUUAGUCUAUUUUUUUCCUUCAAAUAUUUAUAUAAUUUACGGUUUCUGAGGCCGCUGGCAAUGAGAUGCACCUGGGUAGUGUAGUCAUUUUUAUUUGUUUUUCCUCUAAGUGUGUGGCUCUGUGUAGUCUAUUGAAGAUUGUUUUUCUUUGUAUUCUCUGUAUAUAUGUUGUUGUUCUCUUUGAUAAUCGACAGUGGUUCAAGACAUUCUGUCUUAGUGUUGUAACAAUAAGAUAUUAAAUCAAGAGAAAUUUAUUUUUGUGUA